AUGGAGAAACAAGGUGGCUCCGACACAAGUACAUGUACCGAGUUCGCAUCAUUCACUACGACAUCAUCGGAAUCUGUCAAUGCCAAGGUUUUCGAUUAUCGUGGGGAAAAAGUUGCUGGCUUUGAGAUUGAUGGAAAACAGAUGAUCUGUCUUCCACAGGUAUAUGAAUUGUUUUUAAAAACAAUGGUCGGUGGUCUACACACAGUUUAUACGAAACUCAGAAGGCUUGAUAUUUCGCCUCUGAUUUGUAAUGUUGAACAGGUUAGAGCCUUAAGAGGAUUUGGAGCUAUUCAACCUGGAGUAAAUCGAUGCAAGCUGAUAGAUAUGAUCGAUUGCGAUAAGCUCUAUGACGAUUGCACGAAUACAUGUACCAGACCAGGAAGGCCUGCGAAACGUAUGUCCAUACAACCUGAUGACUGGUCUUUACAGCAAAAUAAGAAAAAUAAACUCGAUUCGUCAGAUGACAGCAGUGUAGCUUCUUCAAGUGCAAUGACCACCCCAUUCAUGUUAGGUCAUUUUCUUCCCCAACUUACAGCUCAACAACUUCUUCUUCAACAUAUGCUUGCUCUAUCUCAGCAGCAACAACCGCAGGAACAAUUACCCGAACCGAAAAAGUCGCAGUGUCAGCAUCACAUGCCAGAGAUAUCGCAACCAAACACAUCCUACGGAAGUAGAAGCUCUGAUGAGAUUAGAAAUCGUCGUGUGCACGUGAUAUCCCGCAAUGGGAUGGCUGAAGAAGAUGAUCAGGACGAUGACGAAGAUGAGGGCAGUGAGCCGACUACGUGCCGAAACGAGCCCGAUCGGACAGACCUACUCAUGACUGGCCAGUUGAACUGUAUCGAUGCUGAAGGAGGCAGCUCUACUAAUCUUUCGAAAGCGAACACUUCUACUAUCUCGAACUCUGAAGGUGGAGAUAGUGAUGCUCUUGAAAAUAUGAGCAAGAUUGAUAGAAGUUUAUCGCCUAAUCAAAAUGUUUUCUCUGAUCGGAGCAGUUCUUCGGAGAACAGCCAAAACUCGCCUCCAUCUGAUCCCGCUUUCAACAAGAUAAUUAGCCUUAUUGACAUGGCUUCCGAACAUUUCAAACAGCAGAGAGAAGCGUUGAAUAAAGAGAAAGAUCACAUUGAAGCUGUGAGAUUGCAACUGAAACGUUCUGAACAAGACAACUUGAAGCUGGAGUUGAGAGCUGAGAAGAAGAGAAGGAAUCUAUACUUCCGAAGAUACUGUAGAAUUCGGAAGCAAGUCAUAGAAUUGAAAGAAGAACUAAUCUCUCUGAAGGGAAAGAAUGUGACCUAA